CGAACAAUUAUUUCUAAGAGGGUUUAAUACUUUGUUAUUUUAGAAUGAUGAGUUUAGAGACUGGAUUCUUAGAAAGUUGAUUCAAGGUGAACGAGCCUGCCACCGGUCUCCUAACUUUGCAAAAUUACAUGCUCGCACACGGACACUUAUAAUGGAAGGGCUUCUCAAGUCAGUUGCAAGGAGUUCACAUUCUACCGAGGGUAGAAAAAUUUCUCAAAGCUCAGCUUCACCAAGUGCAUUUCAUGACAGUCACAUGACAGUUAGCCACGUGUCUAGGGAUUUUAGCUCUCUCGGCAUGGCAGGGCUAGAUAGAGAAGACCUGGUAGCAUUCCUAGUUGGAGACACUGAUCCAAAGAGUUUCAUUGGAGUCAAGUCCACGAUGUCAGCUAAGAGCAAAGUGUUUCACAACUUGUUCUUGCAAGAUCUUGGUCAUGUUUAUGCACAUUUACCAGUGAGCAAGAACAGCUCAUCAACAACAGCCGCAGCUGCAGUGCCUGUGUUUAAACGCACAAUCUCUUGGACUCGCACCAGUCCUGUGAUACACACAGGGCUGCGCAGCGGCAAGGUGAACCUUGAGAAGAUACGGCGGAGUAGGAGUGAGAGCGAUGGUGCUCAUGACGAGAGCGUGACAUUAGAAUCAGUCACAGAUCUUGAAAACAAGAAGGAGCAUGAGAAUUCUGUGGCAUUGUCACAGUUACAGUGUCCAGAGGUUAUUAUUGUUAAGCAAUUUGAUAGUGAUGUGUUUGAAGCACUGCUGGAAUUUCUUCACAUUGGAUCAUGUGAUCUAGGAUCCAGUCUCCUGCCUGGUUUACUCUCUGCUGCACACUAUUAUCAAGUAGAGGCAUUAUAUGAAGUGUGUGUUGAGAGCAUGAAGCGAACUAACAAUGACAAAGUAUUGGAGGAUGUUGUGCCAAACAGUGUUAUAAGUCCUUCAUUGAGAGCAAGUAUACAGCCAGACCGCGUCACUGAUACACAGUGCUAGCUGUUUUUAGAGGACUAGCUAGACUGGGUAACAAUGGAGUCAACAAAUUGGAGUUGUUUACAGAUGCAUGCCUCUUGGACAUAUUCCAGCCCGUCUUCACCAACAAGAUUUACUGUUUCUCUGUCAGUGACAGAAUUGCUGUGUAUUUGAGAGUUUAAAGGAGCUCAGUCACGGUUUGCGCAUGUUGAAAAGUUUAGCCUCAAUUUUUCAAAUUCGUCGUUUGUAA